AUGUCGACGCUUAAUGAUCACCUAUUGAAAUUGAUGGAUCAAUCUCCUUUGUCCAACCAAGUUUAUUAUUAUGGCUGUCCUAGAGAUUUGUUACAAGGUAGAUCUCUAAAACAUGAUCCCAACAUGAAAACUAAAUAUUCGUUUGUUAUGGGCAAGGAAGAUUUCGACAAUCAGAUCAAACCCUUCUUUGUGUUGGUUGGAAAAUCUUCACACAGAGAAAUUUUCUAUGAUUACGACAAUGAACAAUACAGGUUGAUGGAAAAAGGUUGGUGGAUUAAACUGGUGCAACAUUAUGAUGCAAACAACAAGACUAAUGAAGAGGUUUCAAUUAAGCUCAUCACCACUACUUCCCCACCAACAAUUGAACAAGUUAGAAAAAGGGUUAUUCCUCUCGAGCAAGUAAAACGUGAAACAGGAGAAGAAUUUGUCAGAUUAAGGCAAAUAUUGGAAAGAUGUGAUGGAAUAGUUCUUGAUGUUUCAAGAGAAAGGUACCAACAUAAGGAAAGUGAUGCCACUUUGGUUGUGGAUAAGGUUCUAUUCGAAAAUGGCGAAACCUUUAUUGUCUUUUCAUUUAAGGGACAUUAUUCAUUUUCAGAAAGUGAAACAAUAACCAACUGUGAAAUAUUUAAACCAUGCAGGAGCAAAAUUGUUGAAUACUUGAGUAGGAACAACAAGACACUCUAUUCUAAACUAAUUGAACAAGGUAAAGUCGAUGCCAAGUUACAAUACGAAUCCUUGAGCUUGAAUGAAUUUGAAAAUAUUGAUGAAAAUGAAACUAUACUUUCUCAAGUCUUUAAUUUUGGUUGUAAUAAUGAGAGAAGGAGAGAAAUUGAAUAUGAAAAACAACAUUACAUCGAGCUAAAUAAGAAACUACCAGAAAAGGAACAAUAUUCUGAACAAUACAUUAAGUUCAUUUGUAGAAGUAUUCUAGUUAAUGGAAUUACAUAUGUAGAGGAAGACUUUGACUUUGAUUAA